GUAAUACAAUGAAUGUCGUUAAAAACUUUACAUUUUUCUGUAAUUGAAACGAGCUGUUGAAAACAUGAAGGAAUUGGCAUCCACAAGUACAUCGCCAGAGGCCAUUACGUUGCCUGAGCCUUUUGCCAAAGAGGAACAGCAGCGCAUCUUGGCAGAGUUGCGUGCCGUCGCUUGGGCAGAACGGUUGCGUGGGGAGCGCGAUCGCGACGCUGAAUUCGAGGCACGGUUGGAGAAGUUGGAGGGGAAAGAAACAAAUCCACAAGACUACCUAAUGGCCCAGCGUAUGGAAGUGGAC